AUCAUAAUUCAUACCAUACGAUUAACUUCUCCCUUAUAUUUAUCGUAAUUUCCUUCUCCUCGUUCUUCUUCUUCCUCUUCCUCUUCUCCUUCUCCCUCCCUCCCUCUCUCUCUCUCUCUCUCUCUCUCUCUAUAGCUGGAGGAGGAGCGGCGCCACCUUCGUUUCUUUAGUCGCGGAGGACUUCAAUCGCAUCAACUAACUCUGAUCUUCACAAACCCCAAAGAUUCCUUUUUCUUUUGCCUUUCUUUCUGCUUCUAGUUCCUUCAAUUGUUUCCUUGGUGGUGGAGACUUUAGUGUAUUUUAAAAAUAUUGAAAAUUCAAAAUGCCAAAGGAGAGAAGAGAUAGGUCCUUGUCACAAGAUAGUAGCAGAGCAUCACCCUAUCCAAGCAGCUCUAGCCGUUCUGGAAGAUCUGCUCCUAAGACUCUUUUAGAGUCUGAGGAAAAUGUUAAAGAAUGGGAAGACGCUAGGUGUCCAGUAUGCAUGGAGCACCCUCACAAUGCCGUUCUCCUCAUAUGCUCAUCCCAUGAAAAGGGAUGCCGCCCUUACAUGUGCAACACUAGCCAUCGACACUCAAACUGUCUUGAUCAGUUCCGCAAGUCAUUUGCAGAAACAGAAACUCCAUCAAUAAUUCCUCAAGUAGAAAGUCAAAUUUCAAACACCAACCCAUCUCAAGUCCGAGGUGCAGAAGCAGAUACAGUUGAUGUGCAAGAAGAAAGAAGUGAGGGAUCUGUUACAAUGCAACCCUUAUCCUGUGAGAAUGACACAAAAUCAAAUCUAGUAUGCCCUCUGUGUAGAGGGCAAAUAAAAGAGUGGAAAGUAGUGGAGGCUGCUCGUCAUUUCAUGAAUGAAAAAUCUAGAAGCUGUUCUUGUGAGACUUGCAACUUUAGUGGCACAUACACAGAUCUCAGAAAGCAUGCAAGGAUUGAACAUCCUCUUGAGCGCCCAUCAGCCGUGGACCCUGAGCGUCAACGUAACUGGAGGAGGCUGGAGAGACAGAGGGAUCUUGGCGACCUGCUUAGUACACUUCAAACUUCAUUUGGGGAAAACAGGGUUGAUGAUGGCAUUCCCCCCAUAGACGAUGGUGGUUUGCUGGCUGUGUUUUUCCUCAUUCUUCAACCUGCAUCUGUGUCUAGGGGUACCCCCGGAACCCGACUCCAAAUGCGAAUAAGGAGACCAACUACACUCUGGGGAGAAACCUAUGAGGGAGAAUCUGGAUCUGCUUCUAGAGAUGAUGCAAAUGAGUCUUCAGAUGGAGGUUCUGAUAGCAGAAGGCGCCGUGUGCGAAGACGGGUAGCCCCUGAUGAUCAGCCAUGACUUCGAAAAUCAAGUGUAUCAAUUUGAAUUAUUAUUGUUAAUGUUCCCAAGUAAAAUGUGGAACAGAAGGAGAAAGGGGAGUUUUCGGUUUGGAUUAUCCAAUGUGUCCUAUGGAGUGUCCAACAGUUCUGAGUUUUGCAUUGCUGAUUGUCAAACAAAGAAUGAGACAAAAGUGUUAUUCGUUGAGGAUACUAUAAUCAGUAUAAUUAACAUUUUACCCUUUCCCAUCUUUUGCUGCAAUUGUUGGGAAUAAAUGUGUAUCUCAAGACCGAAGACCCAAAGUUACCAUGUACUCCAUUUCACUUAUAAUAAUAAAAUAUUAUUAUUAUUUUUUUAUCU